AUGUCAAACUUUGAAGAUGCUAGAAUUGUCACAUUGAACGCUAAUGGAGGAUCAAGCUAUGAUCAUUCAUGUGAUGGCAACAAUAAUUCUGCAUAUUCCAUUCUGUUAAAUCAUCGAAUCUAUUUACGUAAUCAAGUUGUUAAUCGUCAGAAACAAGCUUUCGAACAUUUGGAACAAUUAUUCGAAGCUUUUGGACGAAUUGAUGAUGAUUACUUUGCCGUUGACGAUUUUUUAACAGAAAAUCCAUUCCCAGACAAUGAUUGUAAACUAGUGUUUUUGAAAGCUCUCCCUAAACGAGGCAAUUUAUUAGAAAAUGCAUCCGAUUCUUUACGAAAUGAUAAAGAAUUAGUUCUAUUGGCCAUUAAAGAAGAUAAAUCAUCCAUCAAAUAUGCAUCAGACGAAUUGAAAAACGACAGAGAAAUUGCACUAAUUGUUCUUGAAGAUGCUGGUUCUAAUUUGGAAUAUUUAUCUGAUGAAUUGAAAGCUGAUUAUGAAAUUGUGAAAAUUGCAGUUCAGAAUGAUGGAGAUGCUUUCCAAUUUGCAUCAGAAGAAUUGAGAGAAGAUAAAGAAUUGGCACUCAUAGCUUUGGAUAAGAGUGGCUCUGCACUUGAAUUUUGUCCAGAAGAAUUGAAAGCUGACAUUGAUAUUGUGAUUAGUGCAAUUGCCAAGUCAUAUAAUGGAACUGUUUUUUCACAUGCUCAUCCAAAGUUCAGAACUGAAAAGGAUCUUUGUUUGAAGGUUUUGAAAGGUGUAAAGGAAGAAGGAUGUUCAUUCUUUUUCGGUUCAUUAGUGAGCGAUUUAUCUGAUGAAUUGAAACAGGAUCGUGAAGUGGUUGAAGCUGUUUUACUGGUAAAUGGAAGUGAUUUAAGGGAAAUACCAGAAGAAUUGCAAAGUGAUAGAGAUUUGGUGUUGAAAGCUGUCAAAUCAGAUGGAUAUGUGAUGGAAUAUGUUGUGGAUGAGUUUAAAUCUGAUCAGGAAAUUGCCCUUGCUGCCAUUUCUAGUAAUGCCAGAGCAUGUGGAUAUGUUUCUGAUGAAUUGAAACAAGAUAGAGAGUUUGUGAAACAAGCUAUCAAGAUUAAUGCAGAUGUAUUGGAAUACGUUGAUGAUUCCUUGAAAGAUGAUAGAGAAAUUGUCAAAAUGGCUGUUAGAAAGAAUGGUCGUAUUGUUGAAUAUGCUUCAGAUAAUUUGAAGAAUGAUGAGGAAAUUGCAUUAAUUGCCCUCGAAGAAGAUCCAAGAGCUCUCAGCUAUCUCUCAGAUGAUAUCAAGAAUAAUAUUGAAAUUGUCAAGAAGGCACUCAGAAAGAAUGGCUCAGUUUUAGAGUAUGCCUCUGAUGAAAUCAAAGAAAAUAUUGAAAUUGUUAAGGCUGCUAUCAAGGUUCGUGGUUCUGCUUUGGAAUUUGCCCCAGAAGAAGUUAAAUCUGACAGAGAGAUUGUCAAACAAGCUGUCAGACAAGAUGGUUCAGCUCUUGCUUAUGCUUCUGAUGAAUUGAAAGAUGAUUUUGAAAUUGUAAAGCUUGCCCUCUCUUCGAACACUAAUGCUUUACAAUAUGUUUCAGAUAAUAUCAAGAAUGAUAGAGAUUUAUGUUUGCAAAUAAUCAAACUCAAAUCUAGCUUCUCAAGAUGGGGCUCUAUCCUGGAAUAUUUGAAUGAUGAAAUGAAGAAUGACAGAGAGAUUGUUAUGGAAUUGGUCAAGAAUAACGGUAGAGAACUUGAAUUUGCCUCUGCUGAGCUCAAAAACGAUAAGGAAAUUGUCCUGAUGGCAGUCUCUGAAAAUGGCUCAGCAUUGGAGUAUGCUUCGAGUGACCUCAAGAAUGACAGAGGGGUCGUGUUGAGAGCAGUAAUGAAAUCAGGAGAUGCUUUGGAGUAUACCUCUAAAGAACUCAAGAAUGAUAGAGAAAUUGUCUCAACUGCAAUUAGAAUGGAUGGUAGAGCAUUUGCUCAUGCCAGUGAUGAAUUGAAAAAAGACAUUUCUCUUGUAAUGGUUGCAUUGGAAAAUGAUGGAAGAGUUCUUGAAUAUGUUACCAAGCAACAAAAAGAUGAUGAAAAGAUUGUUCUCUGGUCAGGUAAGGGCAAUUAUAAUUCUCUCAAAUUUGCUUCUGAAAGACUCAGAAGCGACAGAGAAUUUGCCAAAACAGUUUGUCAAUUUAAUGGUGGAAACAUUGAAGAUUUGCCAAAGUUUAAGGGAGAUAGAGAAAUUGCUCUACUCUCACUCCUUACCAAUCAGUAUGGAUUCAACGAUAUUGAUACAAAAUUAGGAGAAGACAGAGAAUUCAUGACCAAAUUACUCGAUCAUGGAAUUGCCGUUGAACCAAAGAUUCUCUCAGAGGAAUUAUUGAGUGACAGAGAUUUCAUCAAGAGACUCAUCAAGAACAAUGGAAGUGUCUUACAGGAGUGUGAACAUUUCAAGAAUGACGCUGAGAUUUACAUGAAUGCCUUAAAGUGCAGUUACAUUCGUUACUUCCCAUCAGAGUUGCAAUCUGAUAGAGAAAUUGUUAAGAAGGCAUUGAAAAUGGAUGGAUCUAUUUUGAGAUAUAUUGAUGAUGAAACUCAUCUUUCAGAUGCAGAGCUUGUCAAGAUUUGUGUUAGAGACAGCAGUUACGUUUUUGAACAUGCCUGCAAGGAAUUUGCAAGCAAUCUUCAAGUUGUAAUGACAGCUGUCAAGGAAAGAUCUAUUGAUGCCAUUGUUGAUCCAGAAUUUCUUUCUAAUAGAGAUUUUGUAAAGUUUGCAGUAUAUCUUGAUGGAAGAUGUUUAGAAUAUGCCAGUGAAGAACUCAAAGCUGACAGAGAAAUUGUCAAAAUUGCAGUUCAAGAAAAUGGUGAUGCUCUUGCAUUUGCUGCUCUUGAAUUGAGAGAAGAUUAUGAAAUUGUAUUGGAAGCUGUGAGAUGCAGUGGAGGUGCACUUCUCUUUGCUGGUUCCAAAUUCACCAAUGAUCGAUAUAUUGUCACAACAGCUGUGGAGAAUUAUUAUACAGCAUUCAGAUAUGCCAGUGCUGAACUCCAAAGAGAUAGAGAAUUUGUUAUGAGAAUUAUUGAAAAGGAACCAAACGUCUACGAAUAUCUUCCAGUUGAAUUAUUGAAUGAUAAGGAAAUUCUCAUGACUGCCAUUAGAAAGAGUGGAGAUUUAAUCAAGUAUGCACCACUUCAUCUUGCCUUACAAAGAGAUGUUUACAUGACUGCCAUUCAGUCCAGCAAGUAUUCCAUUAAUUAUAUUCCUUUCGAAUUGAGAAAUGAUCCAAAACUUGUCAAGAUUGCCUUGCCUUCAUGUGGUUUAGAAUACUUUAUCAGUCACGAUGAUAUUAUGAAUGAUAGAGAACUCUGCCUCAGAGCUGUGAUUGAAAAUAGAGAUAAUAUCAAGUAUGUUCCAGAAAAAUUCAGAAAUGAUCCUGAAUUUAUUAGUGAAGCUCUUGUAAAGCAACCUUUGGUUUUGGCCAAACUUCCUGAUCAUCCAUUGAGACAUGACAAACAAGCUUUACUGAAAUUAGUAAGAAUUGAAGGAUGUCUUUUGGAAUAUCUUCCAGAAAAUAUUAAGAAAGAUAGAGAAAUUGUCAUGACAGCUAUUCAAGAAUAUGGCUCCAGUUUACAAUAUGUAUUUGAUGAGGAAAUUCUCAAGGAUAAGGAAAUUGCAUUGGCAGCUAUGAAAACUGACAGAAGCGCCAUCAGAUACGUUCACGAGAGUUUGUUAAGUGACAGAGAUGUUGUUCUUGCUUCCUUGUACUAUGAAGGAGCUUCACUCAAAUAUUUGGACGAAAAUUCCAAGGAUUACAAGGAAUAUGCCAGAGUUGCUGUCAAGGAAAGCUAUGACAGUUUGAAAUAUGUCUCAAUUGAUUUGUGGGAAGAUAAGGAAUUCACAAAAUAUGCUGUUGAAUGUGACUCUACUGCUAUCAGAUAUGCCUGUAGUACUAUUAUUGAUAAGGAAAUUGCUAACGCUGCUUUGAAUCAUAAGGGUGUUGAAAUUCUUCAAUAUUUACCUCUCGAUUUGAGAAAUGAAAGAGAAUUUGCAUUGAAGGCAGUUGCCAAUAAUGGAGACUCUAUCAAAUAUCUCAAUGAACAUCUUAAGGAAGAUUUGGAAAUUGUUGAGAGAGCUAUUGAGAGCAGUAAGGACGCUUACAAAUUCAUUUCUAAGGAAAUGCAAAACAAUGAACAAGUUACCUUGAAAGUUGUCAAGAAGGAUGGUUUGUUGUUGGAUUAUGCUUCCAAUGAUUUGAAGAAUAAUUUGAGUGUUGUUUUGGCAGCUGUCAAGCAAAAUGGAUCUGCCAUUAGAUUUGCAUCUGAAGAUAUGAGAAAUAACAAACAAGUUGCUUUGGUAGCUCUCAAUCAAAGUGGAAAAUCAUUCGUUUAUCUUUCUAAGGAAUUACAACAAGAUUCAGAUGUCAAACUCUCACUUGCUCGUAAGAAUCCAAAAAAGGUUGACCAAUCCUUCGACACCUCUCACAUCAAGGAAGCAAUCAAUCACAGAGCUACUAUCCUCAAACUCGCCUCUGAUGAUUUGAAGAGUGAUUCCAAGUUUGUCCUCGAUUGUUUCAAGAAGAAUAGAAAAUCCCUCAAACAUGCCAGUGAAACCCUCAAACAAGACAGAGAAUUUGCACUAUUAGCAAUUGCCAUUAAUGGUCUUGCCUUGGAAUAUUUGGCAAUUCCAUUCAGAAGUGAUUACGAAAUUGUUCAAAAGGCAGUUUCAGUAAAUGGUCGUGCCUUAAAGUUUGCCUCUGCUGAUUUGCAAAACACCAAGCAAAUUGUUUUGGAUGCUGUAAAAAAUUGUGGAUUGGCUGUCAAGUUUGCUCCAUCAGAAUUGAAGAAGGAUUUGGAAAUUGCCAAGAUUUCACUCAAGACAAGUAAUGGUAAAUCAUUCGAAUUUUUGGACGAAUCUUUGAGAAAUGAUGAUGAAUUUGUUAGAGAGUCUGUCAAGAGAUAUGGAAAUUGCAUUCAAUUCUUGAAAUCUAACAAGAUUAACCGAGAAUUGUGCGAAUUAGCUCUCAAGAAGAAUGGUAGAUUGUUGGACUAUCUUCCAAAUGAAUAUACCUUUGAUAAGGAACUCGUUGCCGUUGCCACUAAUCAAUGUGUGAAUUCCAUUCGUUAUGCUUCAAGAUUCCUCAGAUCUGACAUUGAAUUCAUGACCCCUAUUAUCAAGAAGAAUCCAUUCCUCAUCAGACAUGCCAACCGUAUCAGUGAAGAUAUGGUAAAGGUUGCUGUCUCUACAAAUGGACUUGUAUUGAGAAGACUUGCUGAAAGAUUUAUCAAUAAGGAGACUGUUCGUAUUGCCAUUUCACAAAAUAAGCAUGCCAUUAGAUAUGUUGGUGAAGGAUUGAAGCCUGCUACUAGUACUUCAACCAUGUAA